ACAUCCACGCCUGCCGGAAUUGUCAGGGGCGAUGGGAGAAGAUAGAGGUUGUGGUUGGAUUCGCGGUGACGAGACUGCGAAGCAGAUGUUGUCUAGGGUUCUUAGAGACCGUGCGUUCCUGCUUCUUCCGCCUCUUCACCGUGUUCCUUUACGUGCCGGGAACGUAGUGGAGAUCACUGGCGCGUCUCCGUCAGCGAAAACUCAGAUCCUGAUUCAGGCUGCUAUCAGUUGCAUUCUUCCGAAGACGUGGAACGGCAUUCACUAUGGAGGAUUAGGAAAAUUGGUUUUGUUUGUCGAUCUCGAUUGCCGUUUUGAUGUGCUGCGUUUAUCUGAAAUGCUCAAGCAUCGUCUUCUCCAAGCUAACCGGUUAGGCAAUGGAACAUGGUGGCAACUUGAAGAGUCAAAUGUUAGAAUUUGCACAUCUGCACAAGACAAGUCAAAGACUUUGUUUGAUGAGGAUUUAUAUGUUUCAUGCAUGAAAAGGUUCCUGUAUCUUCGCUGCUAUGAUAGCCUCGAGCUUUUGUCCAGCCUCAAGACAUUGCAUUACAGAAUCCGACAGCAGGAAGCGUGUGGAAGCCAAGUCGGAGUGCUUAUGAUUGACAGCAUCGGGGCUUUCCACUGGACUGAUCGUCUAUCAUCAUCAUUGGCAUUAGAGACAAAUAACAGGAAAAGUCUCUCCCUAACAAAUGUGGUGGAGACGAUUGUGCAAGAGAUGAAGAAGUUACUUCAGGUGCAUUCACUGGUAGUGAUUGCCACUAAGACUACAAUUUACGAAGAAAAGUACUCCACAAAUGAGAAUAGUCGGAAGUUCUCCUCAAACGACGAUUUGUCAGGGAAUAGUUCAAGUAGAGCUCACCAACCUCCAUUUCGUGAAUUCAUGCCUUCUACUUGGCAGGCAUUUGUGACACAUAAGAUAAUCAUAAGGAAAUCAGGUGAUCAUCAGUCUUUGCAAACGGGAAAACAAAGUUUGUCGGCAUAUUCACUUGAAUGGUUACAACCGCAACUUAGUAGCAUAGACCGAUUCAUAGUAGACGAUUCUGGUAUUGUCAUUGUCUCAUGACUUAGAUUCCGUUUCAGCCUUUCAGAAACCAUAACUAUUGUAAGGUAGCUAUUAGCUAAGCAGCGUGCAGUAAAGUCGACAGAUGUAAAGUUAAUGCGGAGUUUAUUUCCCUUAUUUAUUUACAUCAGAAAUAUGGAAAAAAAUGGACAGAAAAGGUUAAACCUCUAAAGGUAAAAAUGUGUCUUUCUCUUUUUAUCUUUUUUACUUGAUUAGGUUAUUCUUGCAAUAUUUGGGUAACCUUAUCUUAGAUAUAAAAAGAAAGAAAACCACGCUUACACAC